ACCCGCUUGCCUCUCUUGGGGCUGCUCUCCAGGUUGUCCAACUGGUCCAGGACCCCUUGUUUGAGGAAGCUGAUGUCCCCCUCGGACCGGGGCGGUGUGCCCGGGAGAGAGUACCCGUCACAGUCGUCGCUAAAAUCCUCCAGGUCAGCUGGCAUCAACCUGUGGCCCUGCAGAGGGAGCCUGGGGGAAGAUGACCUCUCGACAGGCAUGCAGUCUUCUGUCAGCAACGGCCCCAGCAGGUUUGGAGUCCUGGAACCACCACCAUCGAUACAUAGGGUUUUGUCGAAGCCCAGAGGGUCAUCGACAUCACAGUCGAAAUCUCGCCCCAUGGCCCCACCACUGCUGCUGAUCCGGUGGUGCAUCCCCAUACCGGGCUCGCCCUCUGAGGGAAAACGCUUCAGCAGAGAGGCCGCCAUUCUCGGCAGCCGCUUGUUCACAACGUUAUGGUCCACCAUUGUAUGAGACCUGCUGUAGACUGAAAGGUAACGCCAAAAAUACUUAACACAUCAGCCAAGUUAGGACAGGAUUUCUCUGACUACAGCCCUAUAUAUGAUCAAUGCACGAUGAAUGCCCAUAUAACGAAAGUGAGCUAGGUCGGAACUGUUAUUAAUCGUCCUUGGACAUUACAGGAACCACAUCAAAAAAACGAACUAGCAACGUUAACGGAGUUAAGUUAGUGAAGCAAGAUAGGUCGAAAUGUUCUCUCUACUGAAUUUGCAAGCCAAACGAUUCACCUGACCUUAUCCAGCAGGAUAAACUCACUUUCGUGAUAUGCACAAGAGUUCUGUAAUGACAAGUUGUAACAAGCCUUGUUUUGCUUCCUAAUGCAUAGCAACCGUGAAUCUUUCAAUUAAUUAGUGACAUAGCGUUACUUUCAUAUUAAAAGGUUCUAGUUGUGAACAUAAAACUUUAAUUGUUACCGUCACCCCGAAAUGUCAAUUGAAGGUUGACGUUCCCUCGAUGGAUUUGGACACGAGCAGAAGCUUCUGACGUGUUUGGGAUAAAACAAUAGUGUUCCUGAUUAGCUAACGUUACACCACAUCUACAAUCUUGAUGGUAUCGUCCUCUGGAGUGUUCGAGCUGAAAGUCCAUUCGUUCAACACUGCCCACCGCAUAUGCAGAAGGCAUAGAGACUGCCACAUAUUUUUCCGAAUUUGUCUAAAACACUCGGAGGACGUUAUCCAUGCGGAGCCACCAUGCACGUUUGGAACCGGACAUACCAACGUCAUCCGCGCAGAUCAGACCUCGAUUUCCAGCAGCGCUCCAAUUAGAAUACCGUUCCAUUUCAAGUGGCCGGGAACAUUUUCACUAAUAAUUGAAGCAUGGAACGCAGAAACCCCUACAGAAUACACAGACAACCAAAACAACCUUGUCAGCCGCUUGGCAACCAGAAGAAGACUGGCCAUCGGCGAGGACUGGUCUCAAGACGUCCACUUCGGAGAGCAGAGCGAGCUGCGCUACUCCUACCACGUAUUCUGUGACGAGUACUACUUUGGCGAUAGCUGCGCGGAGUACUGCAGACCCCGCGACGACACUUUGGGCCACUACACCUGUGACGAGGAGGGGAACAAACACUGUCUGGAGGGCUGGAAGGGCAACUACUGUUCUGAUCCCAUCUGCUCGGCGGAUUGCAGCGAGAGGCACGGCUACUGCGAGGCCCCUGGGGACUGCAAGUGCAGGAUGGGCUGGCAGGGGCCCUCAUGCAAUGAGUGUGUGCGUUACCCAGGCUGCCUCCAUGGCACCUGCGGUCAGCCAUGGCAGUGUGACUGCAAGGAGGGUUGGGGCGGCCUCUUCUGUGACCAAGACCUCAACUACUGCACCAACCACCGGCCAUGUGCCAACGAUGCCACCUGCACCAACACAGGCCAGGGCAGCUACACCUGUACCUGCCGCCCGGGCUACAGCGGCACCAACUGUGAGCUGGAGACCAACGAGUGUGACAGCAACCCCUGCAAGAAUGGCGGCAGCUGCAAUGACCUGGAGAACGACUACUCGUGCACCUGCCCCCAGGGCUUCUAUGGGAAGAACUGUGAGAUCAUUGCCAUGACGUGUGCCGACGGGCCUUGCUUCAACGGGGGCACCUGCAUGGAGACGCCAACGGGGGGCUAUACCUGCCGUUGCCCUCCCACAUACACCGGCUCCAACUGCGAGAAGAAACUAGACCGCUGCAGCAACAGCCCAUGUCUGAAUGGUGGUGAGUGUAUAGACCUGGGUCAGAGUGUGCUAUGCCGCUGCCGCUCCGGGUUUACCGGUGCCAACUGCCAGAUCAACAUCGAUGACUGUGCCUCAGUACCCUGCCAGAAUGCUGGCACCUGCCAGGACAACGUGGACGACUACACAUGCUCGUGCACGUUGGGCUACGCCGGCAAGAACUGCAGUGUGCGUUCGGACGCCUGUGGCCGCGGUGCCAGCGCCCAGCCCUGCCAGAAUGGCGGCACCUGCUUCACCCACUUCACGGGUCCUGUGUGUCAGUGUCCGACAGGUUUCAUGGGACCUAGCUGUGAGUUCACGCUGCAGCUCAGCUUCCAGCCCGCUUCCCAAAUGACAAAUAAGCCUUCUUCCGCCACCCUCACUGCCUCUUGCAUCCUGGCGUUGCUUGCCCUGGGCCUAGCGGCGGGCAUCGUGGUGCUGCGGCGGCACCGGCUGCGUACUAGGAAGCAACUGAGUGACACAGCAGUGUUUAACGACCUGGAGACCGUGAUCAACCAUUUCCCUAGUGAGAGAGAGGCUUUCCUGGGGCCCAGUGGUCUGUUCAAGAUCAGCAAUAGCGACCCGCGCCUCAGCUUGGCAUCGCUUGUAUCGCUGAGCCCCCCAGACGACAGGACAGGCCGGGGACUUGGGGGUGAGCACCGUUCUCUCUCCCCUGGACAGGACUACCUCUGGAGGGGGGAGAGUGGGGCUGGGCUAAGAUGAGCCACUGGUCUGGACUCAAGAAGGACAGAAAGAGGAUACAGGACAGCCACGCACCUGGGAAGGGAGGGCGGGACAGAAAUGGGGAGGAAGAACAGGGGAUCGUCAGCACUUCUUUUUUCUCUUUUUAUGAAAUGAUAAGUGAAUGAAGAAAAGGACAAAUGCUACGAAUGGUUGGAUUCCUGUCAUCAUUUUUACGUUGCAAAUUUAAACAAACAAAGAAAAAAACAUGUUGGAAACAACCUCUCGUCAUGAAGAACAACAGUAAGUGACCUCUUGAAGUUCGAGAACUUUAGGAAAUCUCCUCAGAGAAAGGUCUUCCACGUCAAAUAACCCAAAGAGAUGACUGCCAAUACCACAUGACCACUUACGUUGGACACUGACCUCUCUAUCAUUGCCCUUGCUGCAACACAGUCAUAUUCACCAAAUGACUUGAGGAACCAUUUAAACCAAAUACAGGAAGACCUAAUUCUCUGACCUGUAUGUUUUUGGAACACCAGCGCACAAUAAUAACUUAUCAAUGACCUUCAAGGCGAGGAUAUAUUUUCUGGAUUGACUUCACUGUGUUUUUGUUUGUUUGCACAUUUCACCAGAACUCUUAUUUGAGCAAUUCCAAAAGAUAAAACAUAUUUUUGUCAUUUCUUCUAACAUACAUACAUCAGUCGGUAUACCAUCAUUUUAUUUGUUAUUUAUUUAUUUUGUAAAAUGUUUGUCAAAUCUUCACAUUUUUUGCCACAAAUCCAGAGAUAUAUUUAUGUGAUCCUAAAUGAACAACCUGUAAUGGAUGUUCUGCAUCUUUGUGUGUUGCUGUGUAUUCUAAAUAGCCCAUGAAUACUCCAGGAAGAAACACAAAAUUGAUUUAUGACCUGAAAUCAAUGAACAUGUAACUUUGAUACACAGAUCUUGACAUAAGUAUUUAUGUUUCUGAAGAACAGCCAGUGUAAUUUUAUGUUCAUGCCAAAGUUUGUGUUUAGUCUGGCAUUUGCUCUCAAAAAAAUGUUUUGUUGUUGUGUUUGUAAUGUGUUGAAUAAAGAUUAUA